AUGGCAAAAAUGAAGUUUGAAACUGAUGGGGACGGCAACCCCACCAAGACAGGGCUCGGCAUGUUCAGUAAAGAGGACGAGUAUGUUCCUUUUAAUGAGCCUUGCGACUGCACCGGCCAGGUUGAAUUGUGGCUUAACCGUGUCCUGGACUCCAUGCGUGCCACCGUAAGGCACGAGAUGACAGAAGCUGUAACAGCUUAUGAAGAGAAACCCAGGGAACAGUGGCUGUUUGACUAUCCAGCUCAGGUCGCUCUCACCUGCACUCAGAUCUGGUGGACGACGGAUGUCGGUAUGGCAUUCUCGAGACUGGAGGAGGGACAUGAGAAUGCAAUGAAGGAGUAUUAUAAAACACAAGUCAAUCAAUUGAACACUCUCAUCACCAUGUUAAUCGGCCAGCUCACCCCUGGAGACAGACAGAAAGUUAUGACCAUCUGCACCAUUGAUGUCCACGCAAGAGACGUGGUGGCCAAAAUCAUUGAGCAAAAGGUGGAGAACUCUCAGGCUUUUGUUUGGCUGUCCCAGCUCCGCCACCGCUGGGGUGAGAAAGAGCAGCACUGCUUCGCCAACAUCUGUGAUGCCCAGUUCCUCUAUUCGUACGAGUAUCUGGGCAAUACUCCAAGAUUAGUCAUCACGCCGCUUACAGACAGGUGUUACAUCACCCUGACCCAGUCACUUCAUCUUGUCAUGAGUGGAGCCCCAGCUGGUCCGGCUGGCACAGGGAAAACUGAGACCACUAAGGACCUGGGACGAGCCCUCGGGAUCAUGGUCUACGUUUUCAACUGCUCAGAACAGAUGGACUACAAGUCCUGUGGCAACAUCUACAAAGGUCUGGCACAGACAGGAGCCUGGGGCUGCUUUGAUGAGUUUAACAGGAUAUCAGUGGAGGUGCUUUCGGUGGUGGCUGUGCAGGUCAAAAGUAUUCAAGAUGCCAUUCGUGACAAAAAGAAGAGAUUUAACUUCAUGGGUGAGGAUGUUAACCUGGUCCCUUCAGUAGGCAUCUUUAUUACAAUGAACCCUGGAUACGCCGGCAGGACUGAGCUACCAGAAAACCUCAAGGCUCUCUUUAGGCCUUGUGCGAUGGUCGUGCCGGACUUUGAGCUGAUCUGUGAGAUUAUGUUGGUGGCUGAGGGUUUUAUCCAGGCUCGACUUUUGGCCAGAAAAUUCAUCACGCUGUAUCAGCUAUGCAAAGAACUGCUCUCCAAACAGGAUCACUAUGACUGGGGACUACGGGCCAUUAAGUCAGUGCUGGUAGUGGCUGGCUCUCUGAAAAGAGGAGAUCCGGGCCGGCCCGAGGACCAGGUGCUGAUGAGGGCCCUGAGAGACUUCAACGUCCCUAAAAUUGUGACCGAUGACAUGCCUGUCUUCAUGGGACUUAUUGUGGACCUUUUCCCAGCACUAGACGUGCCUCGAAAAAGAGACAUGGAGUUGGAGAAAUUUGUCAAGCAGUCUGUGUUGGACCUCAAAUUGCAGGCAGAAGAAACCUUUGUGCUAAAGGUGGUUCAGCUGGAAGAGCUCUUGGCCGUUCGUCAUUCCGUGUUCGUGGUGGGAAACGCAGGGACCGGAAAAUCCCAGGUCCUCAAGUCUCUAUAUAAGACAUACCAGAAUAUGAAGCGUAGGCCCGUGUGGGCCGAUCUUAACCCCAAAGCGGUCACCAACGAUGAACUUUUCGGCAUUAUAAAUCCAGCCACACGCGAAUGGAAAGACGGUGCGUGCCCCUGCUGUUUUCAUCUUUUUCAUUACGUUGCUUUGCACCGAAUGUAA